UCUAUAAUAAGCUUUUAAAAAAAAUGGUUUUUGGCUUCUUAUAUUUUUUAUUUAUUGUGAUAUACUUCAAAGACAUUAAAUGGAUCAAAAAAAUGAUGUGCACUAUGUACGAUGCCUCAAAUGCCUCAAAAUUUUAAAAUGUUCGCGUUUCGAUACAGUUUGUUUGCUUGAACAUAUUAGAAAGGAUCACCCUGAAAUACAAGUUGUUUCAAAUUCAGGCCAUGGGCAAUCUAUUGAUAAAGACUAUCCGCAAUCAAAUAAGUUAUCUGUAACAAAAUCUUUACCGGAAAAUGCAAGAAGUCCAGAUAGAAAUCCAGAGGGUGGUAUGCAGUCUUGUACAAGGCCACUGACACCGCAGGGCCAAAGCAAUCAAGAAGCAUUGCUUCAUCCAGAUAGACGAAUGUCUGAUCCAGGCAAAGCGAGUCCUAGAAAUGAUCAAGCAACAUUUAACGAUGACACAAAUGUUAUUUACCAACGACGCAAUGAUAAUUGUCAAAGAAAUCCUAAUAAAAAGUUUAUGUAUCGUACGUCAAUGGAAAAGUGGCGACCAGGCAAAGGCAACAUUUAUUGCCCAAAAUGUGGUACUAAUAAGCCACCGCUCAUCAAAACGCGAACUGAGCGAACCUCAAAUAACACUAUCGGAGCUGCUUGUCUUUUCAGCUGUUGGCCAUUUUGCUGUUUACCAUAUUGUUGCCCGGGCAAUAACAAGGAAUACCUGCAUUGUUCCAACUGUAAAAACUUUCUUGGUCUAUAUGAUCCUGAUCAUAAUUGCAUUCGUCCAAAUCGAGAUUAUGCAGAAGCGAUGAAUAUUGAAUCCUAGAAUUAAAUAGGCAAGAGAACAAUGAUGCUUCAUUUUUUUUUAAUUUUCGAAAGGAAAACAUGCUGCUGUGAGCGGAUACCGUAAGAGUAUCUGACUACAAGGGGUAAUAAACACUAUUUCAAAUAAAUUU